CCUGUCACCAAAUACCUUGCAGACACUGCCCUUUGUGACCAUGAAACUCCAGGUGUCCGUGUUGCUGGUGGCCUGGUUUGGCGUCCUGGGCUGUGUGCAGGCUGAAUUCUUCACCUCUAUCGGGCACAUGACAGACCUGAUUUACGCAGAGAAGGACCUGGUGCAGUCUCUGAAGGAGUACAUCCUUGUGGAGGAAGCCAAGCUCUCCAAGAUUAAGAGCUGGGCCAGCAAAAUGGAAGCCCUGACCAGCAAGUCGGCUGCUGACCCCGAGGGCUACCUGGCCCACCCUGUGAAUGCCUACAAACUGGUAAAGAGGCUGAACACAGAGUGGUCCACGCUGGAGGACCUUGUCCUGCAGGACUCCGCUGCAGGUUUUAUUGCCAACCUCUCAGUACAGCGGCAGUUCUUCCCCACUGACGAGGAUGAAACGGGAGCCGCCAAGGCCCUGAUGAGGCUUCAGGACACAUACAAGCUGGACCCAGACACGAUUUCCAAAGGGGAACUCCCAGGAACCAAGUACCAGGCAGUGAUGAGUGCAGACGACUGCUUUGGGAUGGGCCGCUCAGCCUACAACGAAGGGGACUAUUACCACACGGUGCUGUGGAUGGAGCAGGUGCUGAAGCAGCUGGAUGCUGGGGAGGAGGCCGUCACCACCAAGGCCCAGGUGCUGGACUACCUGAGCUACGCUGUCUUCCAGUUGGGCGACCUGCGCCGCGCCCUGGAGCUCACCCGCCGCCUGCUCUCCCUUGGUAAGAAGGUUAGGGGAAGGUCAGAUCGGCUGAGGUGGGGUGGGAGGGAGCCGCUGCUGGACACAGGGUGUGAGACCAGGGUCUGCAGCCAGCCAGCCUGGGACAGGGCUUAGGACUCACUCGGCUCAGGGCUGCUGCUCUGUGCUCCGCAGACACCCAAGAGGCAGAAGAGGCUUUUCUGUAGGUACCACGAUGGCAACGGGACGCCACAGCUGCUCAUCGCCCCCUUCAAAGAGGAGGACGAGUGGGACAGCCCGCACAUCGUCAGGUACUACGACGUCAUGUCUGACGAGGAAAUCCAGAGGAUCAAGGAGAUCGCAAAACCCAAACUUGCACGAGCCACUGUUCGUGAUCCCAAGACAGGCGUCCUCACUGUUGCCAGCUACAGGGUUUCCAAAAGCUCCUGGCUGGAGGAGGACGAUGAUCCCGUUGUGGCUCGAGUGAACCGUCGGAUGCAGCACAUCACAGGGCUAACAGUAAAGACUGCAGAAUUGUUGCAGGUUGCUAAUUAUGGAAUGGGAGGACAGUACGAGCCACACUUUGACUUCUCUAGGCGACCUUUUGACAGCGGCCUCAAAACAGAGGGGAAUAGGUUAGCGACGUUUCUUAACUAUAACGAUGAGCAAGAUGUUUUCAAGCAUUUAGGGACGGGGAACCGUGUGGCCACAUUCUUAAACUACAUGAGCGAUGUAGAAGCUGGUGGUGCCACCGUCUUUCCUGAUCUGGGGGCUGCAAUUUGGCCGAAGAAGGGCACAGCAGUAUUCUGGUACAACCUCUUGCGGAGUGGGGAAGGUGACUACCGAACGAGACACGCAGCUUGCCCUGUGCUUGUGGGCUGCAAGUGGGUCUCCAAUAAGUGGUUCCAUGAACGAGGACAGGAGUUCUUGAGGCCAUGUGGAUCAACAGAAGUUGACUGACAUCCUUUUCUGCCCAUCCUCUUCCUGGUCCCACAGCCUUUUGUCUUCAAGUUCAACGUGACAAACACCUUUGUAUGUUCCAGCCCCUGUCAGGCGGGUCUUUGGAGAAGUGAAUGUCUGCUGGAGCAGACCAAGAGGAUAGGGGAAAGUCCUGGGUGACCUCGGUCCCAGCCUUUCUGGUCAGCCGGUGCCAUCUCGGGUCAGAGUGGGUGCAGCAGUCAGGCUGUCUGGCACCUAGCAAGGUGCCUUUGUACCUCAGAUGCUUUAGGUGUGAGAUGUUUCAGUGAACCAAAGUUCUGAUACCUUGUUUACAUGUUUGUUUUUAUGCAUUUCUAUUAAUGUGGCUUUAACCAAAAAAAAUAAAAUGUCCCUGCCAGAAGCCUUAAAGUGC